CUUACAAUCUCCAUUCCUCCUCACUCCUCUCUCCGCCAUCUUUUAUUCCAAGCUUCUCUCUCUUAUAUCUCUGGGUCCUUCCCCUCUCUCGCUAUCAACUUUGCUCUUGACCAAUCUUUUGGAUUGUCUCGCGUUUAUCGUCAUUGGACUUGAUCACAAAUUCAAAGUCAAACGUCUUUGAACAAGCUUUGCGUUAGCAAGCUCAAUAACCACAAAAAAGAAUUUAUCUUAAUUCUACAUCACACACACUUCACAAUGUCUUCCGGUGAAGCAACCGUCAUCUCCAACACGGAGAAUCUCAUGAAGUACAUGUCCCUCGACCAGCGAGGUACCGUCCAGGCUGAGUACAUCUGGAUUGACGCCGUCGGUGGCUGCCGUAGCAAGACCAGGACUCUCUCCAAGCCUGUCACAUCGGUCGAUGAGCUCCCCGAAUGGAACUUUGACGGUUCAUCAACGGGUCAGGCUCCCGGUGACAACUCCGAUGUCUACUUGCGCCCCGUCGCUACCUUCCCCGAUCCCUUCCGCCUUGGUGACAACAUCCUCGUCCUCUGUGAGACCUGGGACUCCGAUGGAACUCCCAACAAGUACAACCACCGCCACGAGGCCAACCGUCUGAUGGAGAUCCACGCCAAGGAAGAAUGGUGGUUCGGUCUGGAGCAAGAAUACACCCUUCUCGGCACUGAUGGCUGGCCUUACGGCUGGCCCCGUGGUGGUUUCCCCGGUGCCCAGGGUCCUUACUACUGUGGUGUUGGUACCGGCAAGGUCUACUGCCGUGACAUCGUCGAGGCUCACUACCGUGCUUGCUUGUACGCCGGUAUCAAGAUCUCCGGUAUCAACGCCGAGGUCAUGCCUUCCCAGUGGGAGUACCAGGUCGGUCCUUGCGACGGCAUUGAGAUGGGUGACCACCUGUGGAUGUCCCGUUUCCUCCUCCACCGUGUCGCUGAAGAGUUUGGUGUCAAGAUCUCCUUCGACCCCAAGCCCAUCAAGGGUGACUGGAACGGAGCCGGUCUCCACACCAACGUCUCUUCCGCUUCGAUGCGUGCUGAGGGUGGUAUGAAGGUCAUUGAGGCCGCUAUGAAGAAGCUCGAGGCCCGCCAUGUUGAGCACAUUGCCGUCUAUGGUGAGGGUAACGAGGAGCGUCUCACUGGUCGUCACGAGACCGGUAACAUCGACAAGUUCAGCUAUGGUGUUGCCGACCGUGGUGGCUCCAUCCGUAUUCCCCGCCAGGUCGCCAAGGAUGGCAAGGGUUACUUCGAGGACCGUCGUCCCGCCAGUAACGCCUGCCCCUACCAGAUCACCGGUAUUAUUGUUGAGACUCUCAUGGGUGGCAACUAAAUGCGUUACAUACCGUUUAAAAAUGUGAAUACACUUCAUAUUAGCGCUCGUAUACCCUCCGGCGUCGACAGGGAGGUGGACAAUAGCGCAGCCUGGCACACUCGGGAGCAGACAUAGAAUUUCUUUUUCAUUCUUCAGCUGGUAGUUCGGGACUCUUCAUUUACUCUCCGCCAGAGCUCGCCUUGCGUUCCUUACCCUCUGCUGGUUUUGCAUUUCGUUUUUUUUCACUACUUGGGUUAUGUGUUACGUUAAGCAUAGAGGACUUCGGAGGAACCGACAGUCACUUGAAAAUAAACUGGUGGAACGUGCUUCAGGCAUGCACCGGAAGGAUCAG